AUGUACUCGCUUGCCAACGCCAUCGCGAGCGGAAGCGGCAACGGAAGCGCUCACGGCAUGCCUCCACUGCGAGCCUCCUCCUCAGCCUCGCUCGGCGGCGGUUCUAUCGCCGACUACGGCAUACACUCGACUUUACCCCCUCCCAAUCUGCCGAGAAUGUAUCCGAAUCCCAACUCAGCUCUCAGCAGUAGCAGCAACAGCGGCCAGAACGGGAUGAACAACUCGUCGACGAAUUACGGGCUGCCGUCCCCUUCGGCGCUGUUGAAGCGAGCCAACGCCGCCAACGCCGCCAAUGCCGCGACUGGCUCCUCCUCGCCCUCGUCCAGCUCGAUACCGAUAGUCCCUCUUCCUCCUCCGGCCAACUCGUUGCCCGCGUCAUUGGCGCACUACGACUCCAUGUCGAGGCACCCGAGCGGCGCACCCCCCUUAGCCACGGCGCAGGACCAUUCCCCUUACGGCUCAUCGUCGUCAUCGACCGGCAAGAGGAGGAUCAGCGCCAGCGGCUCGACCAUCAACGUUGCGGGGACACCUGAUGCUGCGGGUAGUCAGGACGAACAGGAUGACGAGGACAGCGCCUCCGCGAAGAAGAAGCGCUCCAAGACUCCGAGGGCGUGCGAUAGCUGUCGCAGAAAGAAGAUCAGGCGAGUGCUCCCUCUCUUUCGCUGCGUCGGGGUCAAAGUCCGAGAGAGCUCUAGCACGGCAAGGCUAACAGCACCCCGUAUGCGUAUCGUAACAUAGGUGCGAUGCCUUGCCGGAUACGGAGCCACCUAUAUGCGUGCACUGUCACUCUCACCACACGGCGUGUACCUGGGUAAGUGUUUUCCCCCCCCGCCCCCUCCCCCCUUUUCGCGUUGCGACCAUCAACGACUAAUCUUUUCACGACUCGAUCCAUCACAAGUUCCUACCGAUCGCGGAAACUCGGAACAAGCGUUCCAAACCUAAACAAGCCGACGACCCUUCGUCGGCCGUCGCUGCGUCUCAACUAGCGGCGCUCAGUCAGGCGCACCACCGAGCUUCAUCGGCCGGUUCGCAGUCCGUGGCUUCUCCUCAUACGUCUAGUUCGAUAGGACAGUACCACUACGAGGCUCACCCAUCCUCGGCAAAUCGGCCUUCCUUCUCGUCGACUACGCCACUUGCCGGCCAUCUGCCAACUCAGAUGCAGACCCAAGGCAACCAAGACUCGGAUCCGUUCCGACGCAAUAGGGAAAUGCGCAUCGUCGGCCCAACCUCGAUCUCGCACCUCAUGCACUCGACCUCGACCUUCCCCGCCGAACGCCUCAAUUCGGUAGACUCCAAAUACUCGCAAUCACUGACCGUAGACGAGACGGGAGAUGGCUUCAUCCGAAUCAAUGGGGGUGGGGACUAUACGGGAGAAGCAGGGGGUCCGGAUGCGCACCCGCAGGCGAUCCAGGGCUUGGACUCACCCGUUGCCGAACAGCUCUUGAACCACUACUUUACGACACAUAGUCGACACUUCCCCGUCGUGACCAGGGCUGACUUUGCGGCGAACAAAAAAACGUCGAUCUUGCUGUUUAAUACGCUGUGCGGCAUCUCGGGGCUCAGUCACCACGUCGCACCGGGGAUCCUGAGGACGAUCAAAGGCACUAUUCGCGCGAUCCUGCGCGAGCAAGACUUUCUCGACGACUCGAGCAUGUCCAAUAUCCAGGCCCUGCUCGUCUAUGCCUUCUCGCUGGAGCUGGAGAAGAAGACGCCAGCGAGCAAGACGUGGAACUUGCUCGGUGUUGCGAUCAGGAUGGCGCAGGAUUUGGGGCUGCACCGCAAGUUUGGGACGGAGAAGAAGUUGCAGUCCGAGGCAGAUCAUUGCGAGUUGAGGAGGAGGGUUUGGGGUGGGUGUCUGAUCGCCGAUCGGUGGAUUGCUGCCAUCGUAAGUAUCCGAACAGAGCUGUCUCGCUCCCUCGAGUGCUUUGAGACUCACCUGACGUGAAACACUUACGCCUACGCAGUAUGGAUGCCCUAUGAUGAUCGAUUUGGCGGAUUGCGACUGUCUCCUACCCUCCGUGUUCGACAUCCGACCUGGCACCGAGUUCGACGCUGAACGAAAGCCGUACCUCUUCAACGGCGCUUUGAUUUCGCUCUCGAUCCUACUCGGUCGCAUCAUCAAAGCUAUCUACUCCCCCACGGGGAUCAUGACCUUGUCAGCAGCGGAUGCGACCUCCCUCUUCGACGAUCUCGAGCACUGGGUCUCGGGCCUCCCUUCGGAAUUGAGGUUCAACGGACCCAACAAGUCGACGGCUGAACAAGGGUUCUUGAGGUUGUUGUACCUACCCGCCAAGUUCUUGGUCACGAGGCCUUUCAUGAGCAUUUCGUUUCAGUUGCCCAAGCGGUUCGCGCACCUCAGUGUCGGGGUCGUCGAGUGGGGUCAGCUGGAGGCCGAGUCGAGAGAGGCGAUCGAGUGGGUUGAUAAGAAUGAGGCGGUGCUGGAGGGGUGGUUCGUGUGAGUCUCUGUGCCUAUUUGUGCAAUUCCGUGAAUGACCGUAGCUGUAUGAGUUUGCUCACGAAUCGCUUGCCCUCGCAGCGGUAUCUACGCCUUUUUCAUCGCUUCACUAAUCCAAUACCACUCCCACAUCCGGCGCCGGGAUGCCGAGCCGCUGGCAACGCUUAAGCUUGCUCGUGAUAUCAUGAAGGUGCGUCCUCACCCCAGACCAACGACAGAACUCCGGUCGUGCAUAGGGCUGAUCCCCGUCUGCCGGCGGGUCUUUUGUACAGCGCGUCGUUGUCCCCGAUGGAGAGACGCACCUACGGUACAAGAUCAGCGAGAUUCUCCAUCUCUUGUACCAGACCGCUCUGUCGGUGCAGAAAUGGGCCCCCGAAGCGGCCGAAGGGAUGUCCCCUGCUUCUGGGUCCAACACGACCGCGAUCGCGACGUUGAACCCUACACCGGGGGUCAGGCAGAGGGAGCAGGAUUGGCACCUUAAGUACGUCGAUAAGAAGGGCACAAAUGAGGUGUCAUACUUUAGGAGCGAGAGGAGGACCCCGUCCGCGACGAGUUCACCCGCUUCAGCUGUGGGGCCUUCGGGAACACAGGCGGGCUCGAGUGUUGCGGGGGGAAGUGCGAUCAGUCCACUUGAACCGGCCGAGUCGAAUGGGUUGUUGAGGCAUAGUCUGCCGUUGGGGAAUGAGAGCUCAAUUAGGAGCACGCAUCAAGAAGGCGAAGAAAACGCGGGACCGAUGGACGAGACACCUGCGCAAUCGGUCACGGGAUCAACCGCUGUCGAAUCCCCUGGCCAGACAGAUCGAAUGCGUGAAGAUGGUGCACCCACGGAUGGAGAUGAUCGACCUGCCGAUGAGCCUACGUCGACCCCGAUGCCGACACCUGGUGAUUUCGCGACGAUGAACUUUAAUCCUAUGCUCAACUUUGCCGCCGCCACUACCAACGCGAACGACCCGAGCAACAAUGCGGACGGAGCCGGAUCGACUUCUGCGAACGCUUCGAUCAACCCAGGAGCUCAAGGGAACACUUCGGCUUCGUCGAACAUGUUCCUCGGCGGCGUCGCGGGCCACCAUUUCGACCCCUUCGGCUUCAACACUCACCCCGAGAUGAUGAACGGUUGUUUCGCAGGGGCGGGCGGGAACAUGAUGCUGCCGCCGGAGAACAUCUUUGAUGUCGAUUCGUGGUCGAGCUUCUUCCAAAACGUGCCCGGGAUGCCGGCUCCGAAAUUUUGA